CCGCCCCGCCCCGCCAUGGAGCCCGAGGAGGGCUCGGAGACCGCGCGCUUGCUGCAGAGUUUCGAGCGCCGCUUCCUGGCGGCGCGCACGCUGCGCUCCUUCCCCUGGCAGAGCCUAGAAGAGAAACUAAGGACGUCAUCAGAUUCCGAGCUGCUGCUGGAUAUUCUGCAGAAGACAGUGAAACAUCCUGUGUGUAUAAGGCACCCACCGUCGGUGAAGUACACCCAGAGCUUCCUCUUGGAGCUCAUCAAAAAGCACGAGGUUGUCCACGCAGAGCCUUUGGACGAGCUGUACGAGGCACUGGCAGAGGUCCUGACCACAGAGGAGCCCACCCAGUGCCACCGAAGCUAUGUGCUGCCUUCAGGAGAUUCAGUCACCCUCUCGGAGAGCACAGCCAUCGUUUCCCACGGCACCACGGGCCUGGUCACGUGGGAUGCAGCCCUCUACCUCGCAGAGUGGGCCAUAGAGAACCCAGCAGCCUUCAGGCGCAGGACUGUGCUAGAGCUGGGCAGUGGCGCUGGCCUCACAGGUGUGGUCAUCUGCAAGACAUGCCACCCCCGAGCAUACAUCUUCAGUGACUGUCACAGCCGUGUCCUCAAGCAGCUCCGAGGAAACGUGCUUCUCAACGGCCUCCCACUGGAGCCGGAGGCCACGGCUGACUCAGAGUGCCCCCUGGUGACGGUGGCCCAGCUGGACUGGGAUGAGGCAACAGUCCCUCAGCUAUCCGCCUUCCAGCCAGACAUUGUCAUCGCAGCAGACGUGCUAUACUGCCCAGAAGUGACCCUCGCACUGGUUGGGGUCCUGCAGAGGCUCUCUGCCUGCCAGCGGGACCGGGUUCCUGACGUCUAUGUGGCCUGCACCAUGCGCAACCCAGAGACCUGCCAGCUGUUCACCACCGAGCUAGGCCGGGCCGCGAUCCGCUGGGAAGCAGUGCCUCCUCACAGCCAGAAACUGUUCCCCUAUGAAGAGCACUCGGAGAUGGCAGUCCUGAGACUCAUGCUGUAGCUUCGCCAUUUGCAUACGUGAAGAUGAAGCCACUGCAGUGGGAAGAGCUUUCACAGAGAAAGCUGAUAAAACUUCCUUUGGACUUGAGGGAAGAAUGCCACAUGCCAAGUCGGGAAACAAACUAUCCUGACGGAGUAAGACUGAGUGUGGGUGCCCCUCUGUCCUCAGCUCUGGUUUGUAAGGGAAUCCCCAUCUGCCCGAAACCAGGCUUUGGCUCAAAAGCAAGAACUACCUUCAUAAAAAAUAAAACAUCUUUAACAAAUAGGGCUCCACAGCUGGGCGCUCACCCCAGAGGCCGCAGGAACCCAGAUGAGGAGCGUGACGGGCAGAAGCUGGGAGGAUGAAGAGGGGACAGGGGGUGCCAGGAGAGCAGCACGCUCAGACAGAAGACAAGACAGGUUCUGCGUGCCUGAGAAACCAGGAAGAGCCAGCUUCCCAUCAGUCCCCAGCCGUCCUUCUGGCUUGACCACUGGGGUCACUACAUAAAAGCCCGGGUGGCUGCGGGGCAGCAGGCAGGGACAGGGAAGAACAGGCAGUGUCUCUCCGUCCCCAGGAUGGUGCACCACCCCUCAACUGAUCAGGGACGUUGGCCUUGGGCCUGCAGGGUCAUGUGUCCAUGACCAAAGGGAGCACAGUCCGCUGCCAGCUCUCGUCCCAUCGAAGCUGCUCCGACUCCCGAAGAUUCUUCCGAAACUGGUUUAGUUUUCCAGCAGGAUCAGGAAACUUUGAGAAAAGCAUCUACAGAACAGUGAAGACCAGAACUGAGCCCAUGGUGGCACCCACCCAUGCCAGCCCUCCCUGAGCCUGCCAGCUGCAGGCUGCUCACCCAGCAGCACCCGUCCCCCACUUGCCCCUCCCCAGGGCUAUCCCCCACUUUCCCACACCUGUGCCCUGGAGCACAUGUGGCCUAGUGUCCUGCACAGGGCACAGUCCCACCUGACUGCUAGGAGGCAGGCAGAUGAUCCCGGGUUCUGGCUUUACCCAAAUGUUCCCGAGGGGACUGGCACCCUACAGCUGCAGACCCGAUCCAGCCCACCUGACUUUGUAAACAGUUGCUCUGGAACUCA